GGGAAGGGGAGGGGGGGGAAACUUCUCCGACGGCGACGGCGGGCGGGCGGGCGGGCGGGGGGGAGCAUUCCUGCGCCGCGGGGCCCCGGCGCCCCCCGCUCCCGCCGCCCCCCGCCCGCAGGUGCAAGGGGCUGGCACUCGGCAACUGGAAAGAGCUGGUUGGAGUUUGCACUUUAAGCUCCCGGCAGGGAGGGAGCCGGGGGCUGGGAGCCGGUGCGGGCGCCCGGCGGCGCGGAAGGAUGGCUGGGUGGCUGCGGUCCCUCCUGGGAGCCCUGCUCCUGCUGGAGGUGGCGGCCGCCCUCAGCUUUCUCCACCAUCGCUACGAGGAGAUGGUGCAGGCCCUGUUCCACGUCCAGAGCCAGUGCCCCUACGUCACCCGCAUCUACAGCAUCGGCCGCAGCGUCGAGGGCCGACACCUCUACGUGCUGGAGUUCAGCGACUACCCCGGCAUCCAUGAGCCCCUGGAGCCGGAGUUCAAGUAUGUCGGGAACAUGCAUGGCAACGAGGUGCUGGGCCGUGAGCUGCUGCUGCAGCUCUCUGAGUUCCUGUGUGAGGAGUACCGCCGGGGCAACGAGAGGAUCACCCGCCUCAUCCACGACACACGCAUCCACAUCAUGCCUUCCAUGAACCCCGACGGGUACGAAGUGGCUGCCAAGCAGGGCCCAGACAGCAACGGGUACUUGACGGGGAGGAACAACGCCAACGGAGUGGACUUGAACCGCAACUUCCCUGACCUCAACACGUUCAUGUACUACAGCGGGGAAAUCAGCGGGCCAAAUCACCACAUCCCACUGCCCGACAACUGGAAAAGCCAGGUGGAACCGGAGACGUUGGCUGUGAUCCAGUGGAUCAGCAGCUACAACUUUGUGCUCUCGGCCAACCUGCACGGUGGAGCGGUGGUGGCAAAUUACCCCUAUGACAAGUCCCAGGAUCAGCGGUUCCGAAGCCACCGGCGCACGGUUAACACACCUACCCCUGACGACAAGUUGUUUCAGAAGCUGGCCAAGACCUACUCGUACGCCCACGGCUGGAUGCACCGUGGCUGGAACUGUGGGGACUACUUCGCCGAUGGCAUCACGAAUGGGGCAUCCUGGUACUCGCUCAGCAAAGGCAUGCAGGACUUCAAUUACCUCUACACCAAUUGCUUUGAAAUCACCCUGGAGCUGAGCUGCAAUAAGUUCCCCCCUGAGGAGGACCUGGAGCGGCAGUGGAUGGCCAACCGGGAGGCCCUUGUUGCUUUCAUUGAAGAGGUUCACCAGGGCAUCAAAGGGAUGGUGUCAGACGAGAACAACAACGGCAUUGCAGGAGCCGUGAUUUCUGUCCAGGGAAUCAGCCAUGACGUCACCUCGGGUGAUAUGGGGGAUUAUUUCCGGCUGCUGCUGCCUGGCACUUACACUGUCACAGCCUCUGCAGAGGGGUACCAGCCCCAGACAGUGACAACAACAGUGGGCCCAGCUGCACCUUCAUUGGUGCAUUUCCAGCUCAAACAAGAUGUGGUGAGGAAGCCCCUGGAGCGUAAAGCCUCAGGCACACGUGCGAACAACAAAGCCCUUCCGAAGAAGGUAGUGCCAAGAGCCACCCGCCGGGGGACCCAAAGAUGAGGACAGCUGACUUGGCUGAGAGCUGGGGGAAGCCGUUUGUACGAGGCCUGGCUGAUGACUCCAGCCAGUGAACUUUCCAACAGUCCAGCAUGAAACUAGCCCAAAGUAUUAGGUUAUUAAACGAGGAAGUAUUUAAUCCCUGACCAAAUCGUGAA